GAAUUUACAGUUCAACUACAAACCAUAAAAAAAUGUUGUCUCAAAAAGUAGUUGGAAGCUUGAGAGUGAGUGUCGCACGAGCCCCAUUCAUGGCUGGUGUGCGUCAUAAGUCGGACAAUGCCGGCGAAGCUUCGUACUCUGAACAACCACUUUAUUUGAAUCCUCAUGCUUGGCAAGGAUUACCAGCUGAUAGAAUCUUUGAAUUACAUGAGUUGAGAAAGACUGCCUUAGGUAAGAAGUAUGUUCCUAAUGAUGAUGAAAGAAGAGCCAUUUUGUCUACUGUGACCGAAUUAGGUGCCAAGACCAAGCCUGAAUUGGAAUACGUCUAUGCACUUGAUCACUUCAAAGAAAGACACAUGAACAAUACACCAGUUAACUUGAGAGGGUUACCACCACAAAAGACCGGGAUUCAAGUGAUUAAACAAGGUGAAACUCCACAUCAACAAAGAAAGAUAGAUAUUUUGAAUACCGUCAGUGCAUAUGAAAUGCCUUUGUUAGCUAAAUUCCGUCAAGAAUAUAAGCCAGUUUCCAACAAGGAAGCACCUAUUACAUUAAGAUUCAGUGAUGAUUUUAGUGAAGAAUCAAGUUCUUUCAACCGUAAGGUUACCUUGUCUUGUAACCUUGCUGAUUUAGAAUUGAAUGAACAACAACAAAGAAAAUUUAAGAUUUUAUCGGGUCAAAGAUUUAACCAUGAAACAAAUGAAAUCAAAAUUGCCUCAGAUGCUUACCCUGAAGCUACUCAAAACGCUAGAUGGUUGGCUGAAACUUUUGAAAAGCUUUUGACACAUGCCAAGGAUUUAACUGACGAUUUAGCCGACGUGCCCAUUGACACACGUCACACACAAGCUCAAGCUCUGUACAGAAAGAAGGCUCAAAAGCACGAGUUUCCAGAAGCUUGGAAGAGACCUCAAGAUGCCCCAGCAUCAAAGUUCCAGAUUGUUCAAAAGCUUGUAGAGAAGGUUAAGGAUCAAAAGGAUAAGGAGUACAUGAAGCUGUUUACUCCUUAGAAUAGUAUGUCAUGCUAUUAUCUGUAUAUAUGUAAAUAAAAGGCAGUAGAAA